AUGCGAUCUUUAAAGCCUCAAUUUUUCUGUAAGCUAAUUGAAGUUGGCUCAACCAAACCUACAAGUUCAGGUAGCGACAAGGUCCGCCAAGAACGGCCCCAAAAGUUGCCCCCAGAAGCAGUUGAAUUAGUCAAAUGGCUUUUGCAACAAAUCAAAAGUUUAGAUGAAAUUGACUACACGGUAACAUUUGAUGCUGUUGAAAAAGGAAACUUUGAUUUUCUAACCAUAGUUAUUCGUGAAUUUCCUGAUUUGAUAUUGAAAGUUGACCGAAAAAACCAUAGCAUAUUUCACGUUGCUGUUUUGAAUCGCCAAAAGGAAAUCUUCCGUACCAUUAAUAUUCAGCAGAUAAGUUCAGCAUUGAAGAAAUUUAUUCUUCAGCUCAAAGAUGACGAAGAAAACAAUAUCUUGCAUUUGGCUGGAAAGAUGCCAUCACGAGAACAGUUGCAGCAGGAGUUCUUUUGGUUUAAGGAAGUGGAAAGGAUUGUGGAUCCAAUGGAUGUUGAAGCUGAAAAUAAGGAUAAGAAAACUCCUACAGAUCUGUUCAAUAAGAAGAUGACAGAUUUAAAGAAAGAGGGUGAGAAGUGGAUGAAGGAAAUUGCAAAUUCAUGUAUGAUUGUGGCAACACUUAUUACCACAGUGGCUUUUGCUGCAGCUUUCACGGUGCCAGGUGGCACCAAAGAUGACACGGGGACUCCUCAUUUCCUUCGGAAAGUUUCCUUCAUAAUUUUUGUGAUAUCAGAUGCAAUAGCGCUGGCAUCAUCCUCUUGGUCCAUACUAACAAUCUUAUCCAUUUACACCACACGAUAUACAGAUGAAGAUUUUGUUAUGUUGCCUAGGAAUUUGGUUGUUGGACUGUCAACACUAUUCCUAUCAAUAGCGGCAGUAAUGGUGGUGUUUUGUGCAACUAUUUUCAUUGUCUUCAAAGAUGGAAAGAUUUGGGUUCCUACUCUUGCUAGCAUGAUUGCUUCUUUGCCUGUCAUAUCAUUCACCAAGCAACAUCAGCAACUCUUUUAUGGUGUAGCCCGUUUGACCUUUGAAAAAAGUUUUCUUGCAAAGACAGGUAAACACUCUCUUUUCGACGAUGAUGACAACGAUGAAGGGAAAUCAUGGAACCUUAAGGAGCAGAAGGACGCAGCAUGCAGGAACUUUCUUUUGAAAUGCUGGGACUUUAUACAUUAUAGGUGCUCCAACUUCCUUGAGGAAUGCUGGAACUCUACAUAUAGUAGGUUCUUUGAUUAA